AUGGCAUAUCACGACAACACCACUGCGCGUAACGACUAUGGCACAAAUUAUCAGACCGAGCGCGAAACGGGUCUUUUGACUCGCUGGGUCCCAAACAAACUCAAGCAUUCAGGUCUUUACCGUUGGAUCCUCCGCAUAACUCGUAUUCUACAAUUCCUCUCCUCUGUCAUUUCCCUUGGACUGUUCUCUGCGCGUCUCCGCAAAGUCUACAACAUUGUCAACGUUAUCAAGACCCGACGAGGUGUUAGUGCCGCAUUUGGCGCGGUCGAAGGCAUCCUUGCUGCCGCUGUGUUAUACACGCUCAUUGGCAUGAUCCUCUCUUUGCUUCUCAAGGGUGGUGGUCCGAGAUGGCUUCGCUGGCUUUGGGUCCUUUUGGACAUUGCCUUUGUCGGAGCUUUCAUUGCUGUCUCUGUUCUCACUCGUCCCGAUGGUGGCCCUGCUGGUCCAGGACGUUGUUACGACACUCGGGGUCUCCAAGGUGUCUUUGGGAACAACACAGACACCACCGACGAUAGCUGCAACUUGCCUUGGGGUACAUUCAUCUUGGCCAUUCUCAGCACUAUCUUCCACGCUAUCACAGCAGCAUUCCACGAGGUCCGUGAGCGCCGCAAGGAGCAUCACGUUGAGAAAUACCCUGCCCAAGACCCCUACGACCAGCCAGGACACGUUGGCCAGACUCAUGUUCCUCAGACCCAUGCUCAACCAGGUUACGCCACACAAGGAAACGCGCAGGGAGGCCAUGUUGGCAACAACAGAGCUGCCUACUAA